AUGUCAUAAGAUAAUUAUUAUAAAUUAUGUGACAAUAUCAAUAAAUAAUAUAUUAUAGAACAACAAAAAUAAUUGUUUUUUCAUUAGAUAAAUCAAUUAAGAACUAAUAAUUACCAAUUAGUUUAAGAAAUCAAAGAUUUAUAAAAUGUAGCAUUCGAAUAUAAUCAACAUCUUUAAACUAAAGAUACAGAAAUCACUUAAUUAAAAUUAAUCAUAAAUUAAUAGAAGCAAUUAAUUAGAAAAACAGAAGACACGAUAUAACGAUAUAACAAUUAAAAUAAUAAAUUUUAGAUUUUGUGUACAAUAUUUUUGAAAAAGAAGAAACUAUGUAUAAUUUUUUAUUUAUUUAUUUCUAAGUGUUGAAUUAGGUGAACAUCUCUAAAAAUUAAAACUUAAAAAACAGCAAUUAGACUUAUAACUUUAAGAAAGUAGAAAUCAUGUCAAUUUCUAAAAGCAUUUUAUUUUUCUAUAAAUUAUUUAGACAACAAAUUAACAGUUUAUUGUUAAAUUCUACUUAAACUAAUCUUCAAGAUAUAAUAAUUCAAAUUGAAAAUGAAUAAAAUAAACAUUUACAAUUAGAAAUGUAAUCUAUUUAAUUUUAUUAGUUAACUAUUACAGAAGAGUUAAGAUUAAUUACUUUUAGAAUAAGAACAAUCAGAACUAAAAGAAAAUCAAAAAAUAGAAAAAUUCAAAAAUGACUCUUUACAAUUUAAACAAAAUCUUGUUGAAUUAUAAUUCUUAAAAGAUUCUUUAAAUCGGAAUACUUAAGAAAUGUUAUAUCAAGAUGAACUGAUUAAAAAAAGUUAAUUGACCAUUUCAUAUUUAGAAAAAAAUAUAUCCAAUCUAAAAAAUAAAUAUGCGCAAUUUUAAAAAAAUUUGAUAACAUAAAACAUAAGAUUUAAUGCUUUUGUAAGAAAAUGA